UAAUAAAAAAGUGAAAAUAAGAAGUUAGGAAAAAAAUAUGGGGAAAGGAGGAAGUGCUGGUGAUGUUGCUACUCAUGAAAACAUGGCUGCAUGGUUGUUAGGAGUCAAUGAUCUUCAGAUUUUACCUUUCAAGCUUCCUGCUCUUGGACCUCAAGAUGUAAGAGUAAAAAUUAAAGCAGUAGGAAUCUGCGGUAGUGAUGUGCAUUAUUUGAAGACAAUGAGCUGUGGUGACUACCAUGUAAAAGAACCUAUGGUGAUCGGUCAUGAAUGUGCUGGGAUUAUUGAAGAAGUCGGCAAUGAAGUGACUUCACUCGUUCCGGGGGAUCGAGUAGCUCUCGAACCCGGGAUCGGUUGCUGGAGUUGCGACCGCUGCAAAGAAGGCUCUUACAAUCUCUGCCCUGAUAUGCGCUUCUUUGCUACCCCUCCUAUUCAUGGCUCUCUUGCUAAUCAGAUUGUGCAUCCUGCUAGCCUGUGCUUCAAGCUGCCUGAUAAUGUCUCGUUGGAAGAAGGGGCAAUGUGUGAGCCAUUAAGUGUUGGUGUAUACGGUUGUCGUCGAGCUAAUGUAAGUGUUGAGACUACUGUUCUCAUCAUUGGUGCUGGACCUAUCGGCCUUGUUGCAUUGCUCUCGGCCCGUGCUUUCGGCGCUCCUAGAAUCAUUGUGGCAGACGUCGAUGAUCAUCGUCUCUCCGUUGCUAAGGAUCUUGGUGCUGAUGGAGUUGUUAAAGUUUCAUCAACUAAAGAGUUUGUGGCAACAGAAGUGGAAGAAAUCAAGAAAGAAAUGGGGAAAGAUAUUGAUGUUACAUUGGAUUGUGCUGGUUUUGAGAAGACAGUCACAACAGCUUUCGGUGCUACUCGUAAUGGUGGCAAGGUUUGUUUAAUUGGGAUGGGUCAUUGCAACAUGACCGUUCCUCUUACCCCUGCAGCCUCAAGGGAGGUGGACGUGUUGGGUGUGUUCCGAUACAAGAACACAUGGCCGCAAUGCAUAGAGUUCAUAAGCAGCGGAAAGAUUGACGUGAAACCUCUAAUUACUCACAGAUUUGGGUUCUCUCAAGAGGAUAUUGUGAAGGCUUUUGAAACCAGUGCUGGUGGUGGCGAUGCUAUUAAGGUCAUGUUCAAUCUUUGAAGGAGAUACUUCAGUACUAAUAUUGGAAUUUGGGUGUUUAGUUAAUUUAGUUUUUAUACCACACCAUACAAUAAGGUAGCUUUGUUAAUGAUCUUUGAAAUAGUAUUGGUACUUUAAUUUGCAAAUAUUGCAGUUAUGUUAUCAAACAAUUUAGUUUGCAAUUA